AUGGGCCCCUGUACCGCCUCCUCAUGCUGCUGCCAGGCCCCUAAUCUGCCAUGGGCCCCUGUACCGCCUCCUCAUGCUGCUGCCAGGCCCGUAAUCUGCCAUGGGCCCCUGUACCGCCUCCUCAUGCUGCUGCCAGGUCCACAGCUCGUAAUCUGUCAUGAGCCCCUGUACCGCCUCCCUCAUGCUGCUGCCAGGUCCAGAGUGUGUCAUGGGCCCCCGUACCGACUCCUCAUGCUGCUGCCAGGCCCGUAAUCUGUCAUGGGCCCCUGUACCCCUAUCCUCAUGCUGCUGCCAGGUCCAGAGUGUGUCAUGGGUCCCUGUACGGCCUCCCAUUGCUGCUGCCAGGCCCGUAAUCUGCCAUGGGCCCCGUACCAACUCCUCAUGCUGCUGCCA